AUGGUCCGAAUCAAAGAGAGGUAUAUCCUCGUCAACAUUCUUUACCCACCUGACGCGUCAAAGCAACAGGCGACCAAUGUUCCGGAUGUCGUAGUCAUGCAUCAGCCCACGACGGGGCAGCUUACUCCCCAGUCACUGCUGAAGGCGCUCCGAGCUGAAGUUGCUACGCUGUUUGGCGAUUACGGCUCUGGUGCCAUUGAAGGAAACCUAUCAAUCAAAUAUCUCUCUCAAGCAACUUCAACUUUCAUCCUCAAAAUCAAGAGAGAGCACUACCGUCUUGUGUGGGCCGCACUUACCUUCAUGGACCGCGUCCCGCUUAAGCACGGAGACGGAAAACGCUGCUUGUUCAAAGUAGUCCGAGUGAGUGGCACUAUUCGUAAGGCUGAGGAGGAAGCCAUCAAACAGGCAAGACAACUCGUACUCGCCGCCAAAGACUCCGUCGCAGCAGCAGCCAGCGGCACCGUGCCAAUGUUCGCUCAAAGCAAGGCACAAGCCGGCGACGCCAUCAUGGUCGACGCAUCAGAUGUCUCAGAAGCAGAGGGAAUGGAUGAAGAAGACGGCUGA